GCCGUAUUAGUGCCGUAAACGAUACGGUGAAAUACGGCACGUAUUACUGCCGCCACAUUUACGGUCAAUUUACGGCCAUUUACGUGGCGUAUUUCGACGUAUACGGCGCCGUAAAUCGCCGUAUUUCGCCAUUUAUGGCCGUUUACGGCGAUCGUAACGGCUAUCGAAAACACGGACCUGGGCAACUUAAGGAUGAAGAAAUUUCAAUUUAUUUUACUGAUGCUAUUCUUCCAGAAGCUGAAAAAUGGGAUGAUGAACAUGGUUAUGGUAUUAUUGACUUGAUUCGAUAUUCAAUCAUCGAUAGAUUAGAAAAUAAACGACAAUGCCCUCUAACUCCUUUUGAUACUUCACGUCAAAACCAAUGGAUUGAUCAAGUUUGUCAAUCAGUACGUGAUGGUGAAUUAUCUUACAUGCGUCAUUUACAAGUAUAUUUUACCGAUGAUUACUUGAAUACUUCAGAUGAAAAAGAUCUUCAAAACUCGAUGACAAUUUUUAAAAAUAAAUCAACUGAUGAACAAAUGUUUUUUUAUCAUGGAACUACUGAAAUUCGUGCUCAAUCUAUUAUAGCAAGUGGUAUUCAUUUAGUUACAAGAGGAUCACGUCCGAGUGAUUUUGGGUUUAGAUUUUACACAACAAAUAAUUUCAUUGAAGCUUUAAGACAUGCGAAGAAUAGGGCCAUCAGAACUGAUGGUGAACAAAGACCAGCUUGUCUUAUAUUCUCCAUUUCAAAAAAUGAAUUUAAUAAUCAUCAAGUUGUACGUCUUUUAUAUGAAGAAAAAGAAGAACAAUUGAUCAGAGAAAUAAUGGAUGAAAAUUCGUUCAGUAACAACAAUAUAUUUCAAUGGCAGAUAUUCGUCUACAAAUGCCUAAACAAUGAUCCGCCAUUACCAUUAAUACACAACAAAGAUACAAUAAUUGGUCCAAUUUCAGCAAAUUUAAAAGAUAUUAUUCUUGGAUAUAAACCAAUUAAAAGAAAAGGAAGAUCAAUACCAACUCAAACAGCAAUUAUCUCAAUGAAGUUGGCCUACGUUUUGCUCGAUGGAUUAAAAGGUGUAAUUAUCUGGGCUUUUACAAUCCAUCCACAAAUACCACGUGAAUAG